UGUGUGUGUGUGUGUGUAAGGUGAAAGGGAGUGUAGGUGAAGGUUGUGUGUGUAUGUAUGUGUGUUCGGCGAGUUUUUUGAAAGUGUAUGGGUGCUUUGUGUGUGUGUGUGUGUGUGUGUGUGUAUAUGUGUGUGUGUGUGUGUGUGUCGUGACUAGUGCUAUAGAAAAGUGAAGUCAUUCCUGCCUUACAAAAGUGAUGUGGUAAUAUUGUGAGAAGAAACAAAAUUAAAAAAAGGAAAAGCCAACCGAGAAAAAAUGAAAGCAAAACUGAUAUACGCUCAAACAAACAAACAAACGAAUUCAGUGAUAAGAGUUACAAGUGAUCUUUUAAAAGUAAUAUGGAGACUUCAGAGAGGAUGAAGAGGGGAAGAAGAGGGGAGACGAAAGCAUGGGCGGCAAUGGUGGUUUUGGGGGUGUGGGCCAUGUGGGGGGCGAGGGGAGUAUGCGCCGCCCCCCACCCCCACCCAGACUCGCCAGAAACACAGGACGCGCCCCAAAUCCUACCUGUCCCCCCACCUGCGUCUCCCCCUGCAUCAGCCUCUUCAAGUAACGCCGUAGGAAUGCUUGUCCUUUCCCCCCGCGCCCCCAUUGUGGUUGUGGCGGGAGGGCGAGGCAGCACGGCGGAGGACCUGGUCAACUAUUACCUGCCUGUUAUCAUGGCCGAGAUGGAUGCACCUGUGUCCACGAGAGACCCGUCCAUCAUCCGCGUGGCAGGAUGUCGGCAGGGUUUCAAUGAGGAUCCGGUGGGUUCGUGCCGUCCAGUGUUCGUACCCCGCACCUACUACCCGCGCACCUCCACCAGGCCCCACAGGCAGACAAGUAUAGCCAGCCUGCUCCCAGUCAGACCAAGACCGAGAAUACCAAGACCAGAACCGCAAACCCAACGGGACCUUAUACGCCAGUUCAACACCUCGCGUAGGAGACCCUCUUGGUUCGGCCGCUCGCUCGUCAAGGAUACGAAGAAAGAGACGGCCAAGCAGUACUCCGGGAAGUCCUUAGUGGAGGGGGAUCCUGGGGUUAGUGUUAGAAGUAGUGAUGGUGAUGGUGUGGAUGCUGCUACUGCUGCUACUACUACUACGACAACGACAACGACGACCACGACGCAGUCACCGGAUACGUCUGAGUCUGAGUGCGAUGAUUAAUAAGUGGUUUCUUAAGUGUGUGUGUGUGUGUGUGUGUGUGUGUGUGUGUGUGUACCUGUCGUUCUUUUGUGUAUUAUGCGGCAAAAGUGGUAAAUAAAUGAUAAAGAGAGAGAGAGAGAGAGAGAGAGAGAGAGAGAGAGAGAGAGAGAGAGAGAGAGAGAUGUAAAAAAAUCCCAGGUGAGACUGGAAAUUGAGAAAAAAAUAAUCAGUUGAUUGGAGUUAUAUGGGCAUUAAGAUUAAAGGGUGAAAACGUGAAGACAUGUGUGAUGGGCAUUCUAAUUAACUGUAAGGUGUAAGGGUAUGAAAUGGGAGGGAAAAGGGGUGGUAGUGGUGGUGGAAGACUCUUCAGUAAUCCGGUACGCGAUAAUCAAGAUUUCCCCUUUCUCAGCAUCCACCAAUCACAUGCAGCUUGAGUUGGAAAUGGGUCGUGGCUUCCUUGAGGACUGACCAAUGAUGUACACUUAAUAAGGAAAGGGGAGGGGUCUAUUUACCAAGCUGAUGUGAACAGGAAAUAGAGUAUGUUGGAAGGGGCUGUGGCUUGCUCGAGGACUGGCCUAAAUACAUAAAGGGGAGGGGCAUAAAUCGCCAAGUUAGUUUGAACGGAGUGUAGUAGCAUGGUUUAGCCUCCUCACUUCUCUUCAUCUCCUCUGUUACUGUUCUUCACUUCUUUGUCAUCACCACCAUACAAGGGGUUUACCUGUGUUUGGUUUGUUGCUGUUCUUGUUUUCUUUUUACCUACCUGUUUUGAUUCCGUUGUGACCACAUAUUUCAUUACUACUACUACUACUACUACUACUACUACUACUACUGCCACCACCACGUCCAAAAGAUGAUAACUUGUAAUAUAUUUUGCAUUGUGAAUUAGUUAUAAAAUUAUUGAAAGGUAAUGAUUUAAAAAUGACGAUGAUGAUGAUUAGUUACCAAACAGAGACGAUGUUACCAAACGACUCAGUGUGUGUGUGUGUGUGUGUGUGUGUGUGUGUGUGUGUGUGUGUGUGUGUGUGUGUGUGUGUGUUUUAUAUUUUUAUACUUUAUACGGCUGAAUACUCAUACUGUAUUUUUUGUUUUGUCUUGCCAUACGAGGAAAAGAGGAAAAUAAAAAGUACUGAUGUAUACUUUGAAAUCUUCUACUAAAAGGAUUUGUCAAAAAAAUAACAAAUAAAUAAAUUGAUAAAUAAAUAUAUAAACGUAAAAAAAUGAAUAAAUAAACAAAUAUAUAGAUCAAAGUAAGCAAACACAUAGAGAAUGAAAAAGAAAAUGAGAUAAUACUUGUGAACAUUUUUACAAUAAUAUAAAAAAACCACGUGUUGGUAUUGAGUAAAUGUUUCUCGAGAUUUGUUUGUCAUUAAAACAAAGAAAAUAACAAUGGAAAGGUUAUGAGGCGAGAGAGAGAGAGAGAGAGAGAGAGAGAGAGAGAGAGAGAGAGAGAGAGAGAGAGAGAGAGAGAUGUUUGAACUUUUAUUUCCGUCCAGGUAUUUCUCAGUUGCCAAGGUGUGUAAAGGUAUACAGGUGUGUUGCUUGAUUGAUUAAAGGUGUGUACUGUGUUGAAGUAAGGGUAGAGAGAGAGAGAGGGAGAGCGAGGUAGGGUGUGUUGCAUGCCCUCUCUUUGUGUUUCUUAGUAGAAGGAAGACGAGUGACGUUUUUGUUGCGUAAUGGAAGCAGCGUGAGUCAUGUUGCCAAACUAUUUAGGUUAUACGAAAAACAAGGUAUUAAUAAGUUGCCAGUGUGUGUGUGUGUGUGUGUGUGUGUGUGUGUGUGUGUCUCGUGACUGUAAUAAAUUGUGUUUAAA